ACCGGAUUACAUAUUACUGUUUUAUUGUUUCUGGUUAUUUCUUCACGUUUUAGUUUUAUUUUGAUUAAUCUUAUUUAUAGUUGAUUCAAUUUGUACCCGUCACAGUGGCCGUUAUGCUUAUAUUUUUCGAUUUUUUUUAAAUACUUAUUUUUAAUAAUUACAUCAUCAACGAGGCUUCUGAUGGUAGAUUUAGAAAAUGAUGUAAUUUACGUUAAAUAAGCCGCAAUUUGUUUUAAUAAAUUUUAUUCAAUUCCAAAGUACCCAUAAAUUAUAAAAGAAUUUUAAAGAAAGGUGCUAAUAUAAUAGAAAAAUAAAAGUUAAAAUACAUCCCUGUAGGUACAUUUUUAUUCAUUACUUCUAAAUCAAUUGGUUUUAUCUUAUCUAAAAAGCUUUCGAUAGGAACAAAUAUUAAUACAUAAUAAUAACAUAAUAACGUAUGUUGAUAUUUGUUAAAAUUGAUUCAGAAGCUUUUUAAUAAAUGUCAUCCUAAUGCCAGUCUAUAAAGCAAAGCAGAACAUGGAACAACAUGAUAACCAUCAAUAACUAAACAAAAAUUUACCCAAAUUAGUAGCGGUAUCUUCUUGAGCGAAAAAAAAUGCCUGCAGAACAUCUUAUACUAGGAAUAGAUUUAGGAACAACUUCUGUAAAAGUUCUUGUUGUAAAUGGAGAAACCCAGCAAAUCAUUGCUAAACAAUCCAAAGAAACACAGUCUAAUGUGCCUAGUGAUCAAGGAACUGAUGGAAAUAAGCAAGAUGUGCCUAAAAUAAUUUCUGCCUUGAAUACUUGUGUUGCAAAACUUUCAAAAGAUUUACUUUCUCAGAUUAAGACAAUAGGAAUAUGUGGCCAAAUGCACGGUGUAAUGCUUUGGAACAACGAGGGCGAAGGUGCCUGGGAAAGAAUUGAAAGAGAUGGGACAUUGACACGCUAUGACGUAGUUCAAGACAAAGUAUCAGCACUAUACACUUGGCAAGAUAAUAGGUGUGACUCGGAUUUUUUGAGUUCUCUUCCCAAAUCAAAUUCACACUUUCCUCUGUGUUCCGGUUAUGGUACUGCAACGUUAUUCUGGAUGGCAAAGCAUAAGCCAGAAAAGCUGAAGAAGUACAACUGUUCAGGAACUGUACAGGAUUUUGCAGUGGCUAUGCUUUGCGGUUUGAAAACACCGAUAAUGUCUGUGCAAAAUGCUGCAAGUUGGGGAUAUUUCGAUUGUAAAAGAAACGACUGGGAUAAAGAAGUUUUGCAAAAAGCUAAUUUUCCUGUGUACCUUCUACCACGUAUUAAGAAAAGUGGUGAUAUUGCUGGAUAUUUAGAAGACAACUGGCAUUCUAUCCCAAAGGGAACGCCUAUUGGCGUUGCUUUAGGAGAUUUGCAAUGCUCGGUGCUAGGUACCAUCGAAAGCCCUUACGAUGCAGUUUUAAAUAUAUCAACGUCUGCUCAGUUAGCUUUUGUAGUAGACGACUUCCAACCAAAGGCUAGUGAUUCUUUACAUCCAUCUCCGAUGGAAUAUUUCCCUUAUUUUGAAGAUAAAUAUAUAGCUGUGGCUGCAUCCUUGAAUGGAGGAAAUGCAUUAGCUGCAUUUGUUCGUAUGUUACAGCAGUGGACCAUGGAACUAGGAUUUUCCGUGCCGCAAUGUAAGUUUUGUGAAUAUAAAUGUAAAUAAUUUAAAUUUACUCUCAACAUAAUAAAC